AACAGACAUGCUGUGGGCAGCAAGUCAUGGUGAACACUUAACACAUGCAGGGACCGGACAGACCAGAAUGAGGGUGGAUGCAUCCUCAGCUAGAUGAACUCAACGAGAGAACACAUUCGGACCUGAGUGUUCCUCUGAGCCGGCUAACAAAGUUAUGUUUGGUGUGGAGGGUGAAGUAGCGAACGAUGGCGUCAGAAAUGUCUGAGGAGGAGCUGAUUAACUGCACCAUCGAGCAUGACAUCCACCAGAAUGUCUUCUCCUUCGUGUACAUCCUCGUGCUGCUGGUUGGCGUGCCGUCUAACCUGUACUCGCUGUACCACGCUGCUCAACAGCUGAAGCAAAAGAACGAGCUGGGGGUUUACUUGAUAAACCUCACCGUGUCCGAUCUGCUGUACCUGCUCUCUCUGCCUCUGUGGUUGGACUACUUCUUCAAGGGGGAUGACUGGCGUCACAGGGAGUGGUUGUGUAAACUGUGUGGUUUCCUGCUCUAUGAGAACAUCUACAUCAGCAUUGGCUUCCUUUGCUGCAUCAGUCUGGACCGGUACCUGGCUGUGGUGCAUCCUUUAAGGUUCACCUAUCUGCGCUCCAUGAAAGCAGCUUGGUUCUUCAGCGCCAUCGUCUGGUUGAAGGAGUUAGCAGUGGGUGUGGUUUUCUUUGGGAAGAAAGAGCUGAGCAGAGACAAGACCAACCAAUCGGUGUGCUUUGAGCAUUACCCCAUGGAAGACUGGGAGCGCCCGAUCAACUACUACCGCUUCAGUGUGGGCUUCAUGUUCCCUCUGGCCAUCCUGCUGAUCAGUUACCUGUGCGUGCUGAGAGCGGUGGGUCGGAGCGCAGGAACUCAGCCGGAUCAGAAGGUCAGGAUCAGACAGUUGGUCAGCAGCACCAUCCUCAUCUUCCUCGUCUGCUUCUCUCCGUACCACUUCUUCCUGCUGGUGCGCACGCUGCUGGAAAGAAGCUGCAACUUCAUUGAAACAAUAUUUAACUACUAUCACCUGUCGCUGCUGCUCACCUCCCUGAACUGCGUGGCCGACCCCGCCCUCUACUGCUUCGUCAGUGAGAACGUCCGCCGCAGCCUGAACCAAACUCUGGUCCAACCUGCUGCCAGGAUCCUCUUUUGCUGCUGUCGCCGUGGGAACGCCAGCCCGUCCAACCAUACAAAUAACUCGCAUGAGGUUGCCACGGAUGAGAACAACGGCCCCCCCACGGUGUUGCUGAUCACACACACGACCUCAGACAACAGCGUGGAGACACAGGUCUACAAAGAUGCAGCUUUAAACUCAAGAACUGACCUCCUAGCGCUGACGGUGAAGAACAGGCGCUCCGAUGAGGAUGAGUGCGGGGGAGCCGAUGGACAGGCUGAUUUAAGAUCUGCUGAGGAUGGCAAAAGCGUGGAAAGCUUCAAAUUUUGAACAGUCACAGUGUUAGCUGAACAUUUGGAGAGGGGAUGCAUGUUUACAACAACCGUGAAUCUGACUCUACCCACAGACCGGUUAUGUUUGUGUGGGGAAACUGACAGGUUGUGUUGCAGCUGGAGCUCAAGGCUCUAAAAUAAAUUUAUAUUUUUUAGCAAAAA